GACAUCCCCUACUUCAGAAAGAAGAGACCAGCCACCCCUGGGGACCCUCCUGGGCUGCAGAAUCUGAUUCCCGUUUAUUAUCCAGUUAUACCCCAGCCUCAGACCUGAGUCCCCUGCAGCUGGCCUCACACACCUGCCCACCCUGCCUCAGGGUGCCCAGUGGGUCCGAGGCUGGGGCCAGAGCAGGUCUGGGUCCUGCCUGCAGCUGUAGGGGUUGGAGGCCCCAGAGGGAGUCUGCAGGGCUGCUCACAGCCGGCUGUGCCGGGACACUGCUGAGCUGAGGGAGCGCCCUACCCUGUUCCUGCAGGUGUGACGCCCACCUUCUGAACCAGGGCAGGCUUGGGUGGGAGGUGUGGGGCUAGUUCACCCCUGACCCAGAACCUUGCUUCCCUUGAUGUCCUGUAGGAGGAACCCUGUGUCCCUUAAUGUCCCACUUCCCACUCACACUGGGAGGCCACCUGACAGGAAACUUCCUCCUGUGUGGCUGCCUUAUCUCCCAGCUGGGGCUAACCCUGCAGUGGGUUCAGGGGGCCCCACCCGGACCCCUACUGGGACGCCCUGGGCAGCUGCCUCCUCCGGCUGACCAGCCCUUGUGGGUAGCGGUGGCUCUACCCAGUCUUCCUUUGAAGGUACACGUGGAGUGGCAGGUUAGGACCAGGGUCCUUUGAUGGCCCAGCGUGUCCCCUGGCAGUCCGUCCUUGUGGGAGUCUGAGUGCAGGGCCCACAAGUGAGGUGGGGGCUGUGGUGGUGAGGGGUGGGGGCGACGGCCCAGGACACCUGUGUUCAGGCCUAAGGCUGUGUCAUCAGCUGGGCCUCUGCCAGCAAAGCUCUUCCUGCCCCUCCCACCCCUGCCCUGAGCUCAGGGCGCUGCCCAGGGACAGUUGCUCCUGCCUAGUGUCAGUCUGAGUGGGGCUGAGCUUGCCAGCAGGGUGGGGAUGCUUCCCCAGGUCCAGCACGACCAGGUGCUGGCCUGGACCUCAACCAUGCAGCCUCCUCCCAGACAGCGGCCCCUCCCACACUCUGCCCAUGCCCUUCCCAGCAGAAGCCUCCAGCUGCUCCCUGCAUGCUGUGGUCAGGGACUCUGGAUGGCCAGAGGCGGGGUCAGAGCCCUGCCUGCCAGCCUGUCUCCACUUCCUGGACACCAGGACCUGAGCAAGUCCUGCCUUGCUGGCUGGGAGUUCAGUUUCUCUCUCUGCACCACAUGGGGCUGUGUGUGCCCAAGUUGUGAUCAGGGCCACAGAACAGAGAUGUGGGAGGACCCUCAUCUACCUGUGGCCUGUGCUGACCCCAGGCAGGCAGAGGCCGCAGGCUGGAGGAAGUGCAGUCUAUGCUCCACCUGCCAUCUCAGCUGGGAGGGGACAGGGGCCUCUCUGGCUCUGUCCUGCCUGGGCUGUCCACCAUGGUAGCCUUGGAUCCAAAGGAAGGUCCUGCCAGCUACUGACAGAGGCCUUGCUAGCCCUUGGUUUCUCUCACCUUUGGUGAAUGGAGACGGUAUCCAGUAGUGGCCCUGUUGCUGGCCCUUGAGUGUCUGGAGCCUGAUGGAGGAGGGCACCCUGAGGAUGACCAAGGGCAGAGAGCCAGGACACUGAGGGGAUGAACCUCCUUGCCCUGCCUGCAUCAGAUGGUGUUUGUAGUGGGGAUGACAGGAAAGUGCACCCCAGGGGGAACCACAGUCCUGGUGCCCUGCAGACUGAGUGGCUCCCUGAUGGGCUGCUGUGGCAGGGCAGGGGUCACCUGCCCAGCUGUGGGUUCCAGGCUGGCGGUGCUGUCCUGGGCGGGCAGACCUCGGGAGUGGAAAAAUUACACAAAGUUUAAGUAGGCAAACUCAGUCCACCUGGGUGACCAACCUCCCUGCCAAGACCAGGAAUGAGUCUGCCAACCUGGCAGGAGAGGGGACCCAGCCCUCCACUGUGUUCCACGGAUGUGGCCACCUGCUUGGCCAUCUGCUACACUGUGCCUUGUGCCUUGACUGCCGUCCCCCAGGAUGCCUGGCCUCUCCCAGGCUGCCUAGGAGUCCCGCCUCCUGCCUAAGGGUGCAGCCUCAGGGAAGGGUGGGAGGCUGGGGCUCGGGCUAGGGCAGGAGUGCUGAGGGGUGAGGUCCCGGCCCCCCAUGUCUGACCCAGGGACACGGCUGCUCCAGCCUGCGAGCGCUGUCUUUGCGUCUGUCUCUGAGGAUAAUGGGCCUGUUUCUCCUGUACCUCAAGGAUGUAAUUUUCCUGCCAAAAUGUUUUAAAAGCUGCACGUGCAGAAACACUUUCAAAAUGACAGGUGUGGUGGCUCCCUCACCCCUGCACGAUGCCAUUCGUGCACCCAUGCCUGGCAUUCGUGGUGGCUGUCUGUGGGAGGGGUGACCCCAGGGGACAGCGGGCUGCAGGGUGUGGUGUAGGUGACCAUGCGUGUGCUGCUGCGGUGCGGUAGCGAGUGGGGGUGUGGGCUGGUGUCACCUGUCAGUGUGGACAGUGGCCAUGUGGGUGGCAGCGGGUAUCUGGAGUGUCCCAUUCCCAUCCUGGCUGCAAUGUGGGGUCCCUUCCUGCCCAGGGACUGGCCCACCUCCUGGAAUGGGGCACUCCCCAUGGGGCCAGCCCUUCUUCACAGCGGCGUCCUCCCCACACCCUUCUGUGUCCCUCGGGCAGGGAUGCCCCAGCAGCUCGCUUUCCUGCAGACACGGGCUGUGCUGUCCUUGGAAGGCAGAGGUGGAUGGUGCAGGGGGUAGGCUGCAAGUGACGUUUCCCGUUGUGCUGGCAACUCCCCUCCGCUCAGGGACCUGCCUUCAUUGGCCUGGGUGCUCAACUCCCAGGUGUGACUGGCCACAGCCAGGGCCACUUUAGUCAGGUAUCAGGCCUGGGGUCAGCCCUGCAGGUCAGCAACUCCUGGGGCCUCUUACUUCCCUCUGGGCCCAGCAGGCCUUGGGGAGCCCUGCCCUCUGACCUCUCUUGCCCUGGGCAAGGCCAUGUGCACCUCUGCCUGGUGUUCCUGCAUAGCAGCUCGGGUGCCCUAUGAGCCCCUCUGCUUUCCACCUGUCACCCCACUGGGUCCCAGAAGACCCCACAAGGCCUGGGACCUGCUUGAGGCCACGAACAUGGCCCAGGGCCCACGAACAUGGUCUGCCAUGGCUGGAAGCUGUGUUUGGGGCAUGAUGUGGUGUCAUGAUCAGGAGCAGGAGGGGGUGAGCAGGUGUUAGCCAGACCUCCCAACCCACUAAAUAGGGCAGUACCCAUUUGCACUGCAUCCAGCCCCCUGCUUGGUCAGCACCACGGACAGCACCCACCCCCCAGCUGCUGGUGCUGGGCCCUGCCUCCAUCCUAUUGACAGAACUGGGCUCCACAGCAAGGGGGCAUCUGUGCCCCUCUCCAUUCUCCAGGGCCUCCUAUGUGGCAGGCAGCCCCUGGACCCUGGCCAGGUUUGCUUGGGAGCCAUCUGAGGUGUGCGGCAAGGCCUCCUGCCAGGUCACAGCAGCCCCUCCCUGGGUGCUGUGCCUGCCCUGACCUCGCCUGGGAGAGUCCCAACAGGCACAACUCUUCUCAGGGCCCAGCAGCUUCCAGGGUAGGCUGAGCCCACAGCAUCCAGAAAACGUUCUGUUUCUGAACACCAAGCACAGGCGCUGCUUUUAGCAGGAAGUAUGGGGCAGAGAAAAUGACUGCAUCCACCCAGGGUGGACUGCACAGCUGGGAGGCUGUGGGGUCCUGGGUGUCGGCGUCUGGCUGGCCGCCACUCAGGGGAGCUUCGCCACCCUGUCCUCGUCCUUCCCAUCGCUGUCGGCCGCCAACCUGCUGAUCGUCACCGGCACCUUCGUCAUGGCCAUCGGCUUUGUGGGCUGCAUCGGGGCCCUCAAGGAGAACAAGUGCCUGCUGCUCACGUUCUUCCUGCUGCUGCUGCUCGUGCUCCUGCUGGAGGCCACCAUUGCUGUACUCUUCUUCGCCUACACUGACAAGAUUGACAGGUAUGCCCAGCAAGACCUAAAGAAGGGCCUGCAUCUGUAUGGCACACAGGGCAACGUGGGCCUCACCAACGCCUGGAGCAUCAUUCAGACUGACUUCCGCUGCUGUGGUGUCUCCAACUACACGGACUGGUUCGAGGUCUACAAUGCCACCCGCGUGCCGGACUCCUGCUGCCUAGAGUUCAGCGACAGCUGUGGGCUGCAUGCGCCUGGCACCUGGUGGAAGGCGCCCUGCUACGAGACAGUGAAGUCCUGGCUCCAGGAGAACCUGCUGGCUGUGGGCAUCUUCGGGCUGUGCACGUCACUGGUGCAGAUUCUGGGCUUGACCUUCGCCAUGACCAUGUACUGCCAAGUGGUAAAGGCGGACACCUACUGCGCUUAGGCCACUGGCCACCCUGCUUCUCUGCCAAAGGACACCACCCACCAGGGACAGGGCUGUAUCCAAACCUGCCUCACACACUGCAGGACUUGGUGCUCUGCUGGGCUGAGAACCCCCGGGACUCCAUCUGCGGAAUAACUCAGCAGGGGCAGCUGUGGGUCUCCAGCCCAGGGGGAGGGGCUUCAACACUUUUUAUAUCCACCUGUCUUCCAGAGCGGUGUCAGGCUGUGGUCCCCAUUCUGGGGAUGUUGAGGGGCUGGGGCUGGCCUCUUGGAGGCCCUGCACUGGUCCUGGUGCUCCAGGUGGGCUGGGCUCCAUCACCCACAUUCCUGAGGGGCUGCGGCUCCAGGUGCAUCUUAAUAAAGUAUGCGAGCAGCC